CAAAAUGAUUUAAUAAAAUCACAUUCAUACAUACCCCACUUGCGCAACAAACUGGAUCUUAAUUCCCAAACUAGAACUACUCCCUCUCUUUCUACUUUCGGCGAGAGCAAGUGUUGAUUUUGUGUCUACUCAAACUCUCACGGUUUGGUGUUUGGCUUUCAAUUUCAACACUUCAAAACAUGACAAAACUCACACAUCUAAUAGGCAUACUCAAGGACAAGGCAUCGCAGAGCAAGGCGGCGUUACUCUCCAAACGCACCACUCUCUCCCUCUUACGCGCCACCAGCCACGACUCCUUCACGCCCCCGACCUUCAGACAUCUCUCCACGCUCCUAUCCUCGGGCAACGGCUCACGCGCCACUGCAUCCACCGCGGUGGAAGUCCUGAUGGACCGGCUGCAGGGCACGAACAACGCCGCCGUGGCCCUCAAGUGCCUGAUCGCCGUCCACCACAUCAUCCACCACGGAAGCUUCAUCCUUCAAGACCAACUCUCCGUGUACCCCAACACCGGCGGCAGAAACUACCUUAACCUCUCCAAUUUCCGACACAACACCGACCCCACGAUGUGGGAACUCUCGUCCUGGGUCCGAUGGUUCGCCCAGCACAUCGAACAACUCCUCUGCACUUCUAGAAUCCUCGGAUUCUUCCUCGGAAACUCCAACUCUCGAAACAACAGAGAGGAGAGAGUUUCGGGUCUCACCAACGCUGAUUUGUUGACCGAGUUUGACUCUUUGGUGAGUUUGGUAGAGGGGAUUUGCAAGAGACCCAAUCCUGCGUGCAACAACGGGAACAGGUUGGUGGAUGAGAUAGUGAGUUUGGCGCGUGGCGAUUGGGAUGUGAUAGGAAUUGAAGUGUGUGUUCGUGUGAGUGAGUUUAGGGAAAGGUUAGGGGGUUUCAAGUUCGGAGAAGCGGUGGAAUUGGUUUGUUGUUUGAAGAGGCUGGAGCAGUGUGAAGAGAUUGUGGUGAUGAUGGAAGGGUCACGUGAAUCGAGGUUGUGGGAUUCAGCGAAAGAACUGAAGGAGAAGGUGGGAAUGGGAGUGUAUAGGGAAGAGGGUAAGUUAGUGAAUGAGAGUAGAAAGUUACGAGUUAGUGAGUCGGAUCGGUUUGCUGCCCGAGUUCUUAGUUACAAUGAUUUCCUCCGCUUUCCCUCUGGAAGGUUGUUGUAA